CAAGAUUAUAAGAAGUUUAGUUUUGAGUAACACAGGCACAGUCUGAGAUCCCAAAGCUAACCAAAAAAACCCUCGUUUCUGUCGAUCCACUUCUAACUCAUUAAUCACUUUCUUUCUCUGUAAUGGCUACCUCUAAUGGCGGCACCGAUGUUAAAUCAUCACGUACUUUCAAACUCGCUUCUUUCUAUAGUGAAGUUCAAACGAGUCGACUCAAUCAUGCUCUUCCUCUUCCUUCUGUUCUUCGUAAACCAUUCAAUGUUGAUGACGGUCCUAAAAGUUCUGCUGCUGGAAAUCCAGAUGAGAUCGCGAAGCUUUUCCCGAAUUUGUUUGGACAACCAUCAGCAUCAUUAGUACCUAAUGAAACAGGAUUAUCCGGAUCAGAUCAGAAAUUGAAAAUCGGUGUUGUCUUGUCUGGUGGACAAGCACCUGGUGGGCAUAAUGUUAUUUCUGGGAUUUUUGAUUAUUUGCAGGAUAGAGUGCCAGGAAGUACACUAUAUGGAUUCAAAGGAGGACCUGCUGGAAUCAUGAAAGGGAAAUAUGUCGAAUUGACAUCUGAAUUUGUGUACCCUUACAGAAAUCAAGGUGGAUUUGAUAUGAUCUGCAGUGGAAGAGACAAGAUUGAAACUCCAGACCAGUUUAAGCAAGCUCAAGAGACAUCAAAGAAGCUUGAUUUAGACGGGCUUGUGGUUAUUGGUGGGGAUGACUCAAACACAAAUGCUUGCCUCCUUGCUGAAAACUUCAGGGGAAGUAAUAUGAAAACCCGGGUGAUUGGUUGUCCAAAGACUAUUGAUGGUGAUCUAAAGUCAAAGGAAGUGCCCACGAGUUUUGGAUUUGAUACAGCGUGCAAGAUUUACGCAGAGAUGAUCGGCAAUGUUAUGACUGAUGCUCGCUCUACUGGAAAAUACUAUCACUUUGUAAGGCUUAUGGGGCGUGCUGCUUCUCACAUUACCUUGGAGUGUGCUUUGCAGACUCACCCCAAUGUUACUAUCAUUGGAGAAGAGGUUGCUGCCAAAAAACAAACAUUGAAAAAUGUAACAGACUACAUUACUGAUAUCAUCUGCAAACGUGCAGAACUUGGUUACAAUUAUGGAGUUAUACUUAUCCCCGAAGGUCUCAUUGAUUUCAUUCCUGAGGUGCAACAGCUUAUUGCUGAGCUGAAUGAAAUCCUAGCUCAUGAUGUUGUGGAUGAAGCUGGGGCAUGGAAAAACAAACUCCGAGAUCAAUCUCAUCAGCUCUUUGAUUUCUUACCUGAAGCAAUUCAAGAGCAGUUGAUGCUUGAAAGAGAUCCACACGGAAAUGUUCAGGUUGCCAAAAUAGAAACAGAAAAAAUGCUCAUUCAAAUGGUUGAAAUUGAGUUGGAGAAACGAAAGCAGGCUGGUGCAUACAAAGGACAGUUCAAAGGGCAGUCCCACUUUUUCGGCUAUGAGGGAAGAUGUGGUUUACCUACUAAUUUCGAUUCUACUUACUGCUAUGCAUUGGGUUAUGCUGCUGGUGCCCUGCUCCAUGCUGGAAAGACUGGGCUCAUAUCUUCGGUUGGAAACUUGAGUGCUCCUGUUGAAGAAUGGACUGUUGGCGGGACUGCAUUGACUGCACUUAUGGACGUGGAGAGGAGACACGGUAAAUUUAAACCUGUAAUCAAGAAGGCAAUGGUGGAGCUUGAAGGUGCACCCUUCUUAAAAUUUGCAUCCAUGAGGGAUGAAUGGGCCAUUAAGAAUCGAUACAUCAACCCAGGUCCGAUUCAAUUCCAUGGUCCAGCAUCCAAUGCCCUGAACCACACACUACUUUUGGAGCUUGGUGCCCAAGCCUAAGGGGAAUCGUAUCUAUUAGCCUUGUUACGCUUUUGUUGCCUGCUUCAUUUUUCUAGUCAGAUGACUAUUUCACCCAUCACGUGUGUAACUCGUGUUUCAAUUUAAACAAUUCAAAAAUGAAGAUCGUUUGCCGUAUGAUAAAGCUUCAGUUUGAUGUUUAUAUUAUAAGUUAUUGUUCUUCA